GUGAAUCUCAUCAACGAGGCUUCGCUGACUAACCACCUUCUAUUCUGGUUAGUACCACGUUUCGUGUCCGUGAGACUUAAACAUGCGUUACGUGGCAGCUUAUCUUCUCUCCACCCUUGGUGGAAAAGAAACUCCAUCAGCAGCUGAUAUUGAUAAAAUAUUAAGCUCUGUUGGAAUUGAGUCUGAUUCAGAACGAGUGAACAAAGUAAUUUCGGAGCUGAAAGGAAAAAACAUUGAAGAAGUGAUAGCUGCAGGUAAAGAGAAGUUGGCUUCAGUGCCCUCAGGAGGUGGUGGUGCCCCUGCCGCUGCUGCUGCUGCACCCGCUGCAGCCUCACCUGCCAAAGCAGCCGAAGAGAAGAAGGAAGCAAAGAAAGAAGAAUCCGACCAGUCGGAUGAUGAUAUGGGCUUUGGUCUCUUUGACUAAGAUGUUGGUGUAACUGUUGCCCAUUUUAUUGUACAAAUCUUCUUUUUUAAGUACUGAUAAAUAAAAUACUUUUUAUUUAUUUUUGUGUUUGUUUAUUUACCAUAAUAGGUCCUCCCAAAUUUUAAUCUUAUAAGUAUAUAUUUGUCAUCAAUAUUAUAAUUCAAUUGUAGGGAAUCUAUCAGUCGGAAAUAUACCACAGGUUAUAGUCAUGAAAGUCUUCAUGAGUUCUGAACUUGAAUAUCUUCUUCCUUCAGUUUAAACUGUGCAGUCGUUAAUUAUGCCGGUUAAGGGAACAUAUGAGACAUCUUAAGGUAUAAUAAUUCAAAAACAGACACGACACUUAUAUACCACAGCUACACUUUCAGUAUAAAGAGGUUGUAAGACUGCCAGCUUUUGGAAGUUGCU